ACUCAGUUCAUACACAAAUACGAAUAGAUAGGCAAUCACAAUCUUCGAGAGUACUUACUGGUUCAGUCGCUGACAGUCCGCGAAUUUCAAUCCGCACCAUGGAGGCAGUUCUGCACGAGAGUACUUUUGUAGGGCAAUCUAAAGACGCCGCCGCCGUUGUCAAAUCGAACGGGGUCAACGGCGAUUCAGUGAAUUUUUCCGUAAAGGUGAAUCUUAACCAAGAAAAGACUUUGAUUUGUGACGAUGGUACUAAUGGCAAAAUGUGCCAAAAUACGGUGGACUUGGAGUUUCAAAAUAUUAGUUUUCGUGCGACGCAAGGGAAUAUAUUUACCAAAAGGACUACAAAAGAAAUUUUGCAUCAAGUCGGAGGACGUUUCCAGCCCGGGCAGCUGAUAGCCAUAAUGGGGCCAUCGGGUGCAGGCAAAAGUACAUUAUUGGAUGUUUUGAGUGGGUAUAGGAUACGUGGCGUAACAGGUUCAGUAUACGUUAACGGCCAACCAAGAAGUUUAAAGGAAUUCAGGAAAACGUCAUGUUACAUUACGCAAGAUGACCGUCUGCAGCCUUUACUCACUGUGGACGAAAAUAUGUGGGUAGCUGCAGAUUUGAAACUACCUUCCAGUGUCAGCAACAGUAAUAAACGGAGUAUAAUUAACAAUAUUUUAAAAACACUAAAUCUUGAAAAUACAAAAAAAGUGAGAGCAGCUGGUCUUUCCGGUGGACAGAAAAAGAGGUUGUCAAUAGCUUUAGAGUUAGUAAAUAAUCCAAUGGUCAUGUUCUUGGAUGAACCAACCACGGGAUUGGAUAGUUCGUCUUGUUCAACAUGUAUAACACUACUUAAGAAACUAACUAUGCAAGGAAAAACAAUCAUAUGUACCAUUCACCAGCCUUCAGCUACUUUAUUUGCAAUGUUUGAUCAGGUGUACGUAGUAGGAAAUGGGUACUGCCUAUAUCAAGGUAGUACGAAUAAACUGGUUCCAUUUUUGCAAGACUGUGGGUUUCCCUGUCCGCAGUAUCACAAUCCUGCUGACUACGUAAUAGAACUAGCAUGUAUUGAGCACGGACCUGAGAAACCUGAAUAUAUGAGGGAUAUAAUUCAGAACGGACAAUCUUACCAAUAUUUUAACGAGCCUGAAAAGAUGAAAAGCACCAUUUGUAACUACCCAGGUCCCAAACCUAUUAAACGAGUUGUUAGCAGUGAUGAAUCCUCUUUUCCCACAUCACAAUUCCAUCAACUAGGAGUUCUUAUGAGACGGGGAUUUAUUAAAGCCUACAGAGAUAAGAUGCUUACCUACCUUCGUAUUGGAACAAACAUAAUAGUUGGACUGAUGUUGGGCAGCCUCUAUUGGAAAGCUGGAAGUGAUGGAUCUAAAGUUUUGGAUAAUUUUAAUUUAUUGUUUGCGAUAUUAUUGCACCAUAUGAUGUCCACAAUGAUGUUGACGAUUUUAACAUUUCCCCAGGAAAUGUCGAUUUUAAUAAAAGAACACUUCAACCGUUGGUAUUCAUUAAAAAUGUAUUACACAUCGGUAACCAUAGUGGAUAUUCCGGUUUCGGUUAUUGGCUGCUUCCUGUUUUCACUCAUAAUAUACUAUAUGACAGAUCAACCAAACGAUAAAGCCAGAUUCCUGAUAUUCUUCGUCACUUGCAUGUUGGUAGUUCUAGUAGCUCAAGGAGUUGGUCUAACUAUUGGCGCAUAUUUUGAUGUUGUGAACGGAACUUUUGUUGGACCAACCCUGAUGGUACCCAUGAUGAUGUUCUCCGGUUUUGGCGUUCGUCUACGUGAUCUGCCGACCAUAAUGUACUACGGCAGUUUUACUUCUUACUUAAGGUACGGCUUGGAAGGAGUAGUCCAGGCGGUGUACGGAAUGGACAGGGGUAUUCUUCAAUGUCCCGAAGACAAAUUUUGCUUCUACAAGUAUCCGAAGACUUUCCUGGAAAUAGUAGAUGUCAGGUCGGAUCAGUUCGAUAAUGACAUCAUUGCUUUACUGCUUUUCUUGUUUGUUUUGAGAAUUGCGGCGUACGUAGUGCUGAGGUACAAACUGGCAUCUGUGCGAUAGAGCCUGUUUAUGUUUUAAUAACUUUUAUUAGAAGUAGGUGAUUGAAGCCUCGGUUUUGGUAAACAGUGUUGUUAGAAGGACAUUUAUUUAAAUUUUACUCAAAAAAAUAUUUUUUUUUCUUUAGAAAACAUCAUUUUUUGUGACAAUCAAAGGAACUUAGAGAAAAUUUACAAUAAUGUUUUUAAAAUUUUCCAAAGAUUAUGAUUUAUUAAAAGAUAAAAGUAUGAGAUCGUCACUCAGUACAGUGGUUCCCAAGUAGCAAUUUUUCGACGCAUUGGUUGUCAGUACAAACAAAUGCACUGUCUACAACUUUGCCCGAGAGCAUUUUCAGUUGUUUCGGCCAACGUCCCCUACCCCGACUGACAUUACGAUGUUACAACCUGUAGUUAUACGGGCAACUAAUUUAUUACCAUUUUGACAACUACAUAUCACAAUUCAGUUUUUUCAACAAUCGCAACGACUUAAAAAUGUUAUAAUGCUAAACUAAUUAUUAUAUAUUUUAUUUUGAUAGAAAUUUUGGAUUUAUUUAACAACCUGUUUAUUUGUUUUUUUAAUAGCUGGUUUCCAUUCCAUUGUUUUAUCAGUAGAUUUGAGAUUUGAUAACCACCUUUGUAUCUGCUUUGGUAGACAGGGUUGCCAGGUCAGUUUUAACUCUUUCAGUAGUUUUGUUUUCACAAAAUCAGUAGAUUCUUUUUAGGCCAUGUAAAUAUACAGUAAUACAGUGAUAUGCACAUCCGUCUUAAAUGUCCCAAGAGCAAUUCCACAAAAUUGGAAACCUAAUUAUUCCAAACCACCAACUGGUAAUUAUCAUUUUUUAGCUAAAAUCUACUAAAUCAAAAACUAAAAUAUACUUAAGUAUUUUGGGAUAUAUUUGGGAUUUUUUAUAAUAAAAACAACAGCUAACUUAAGGGGAUAGGCGCAAAAUGUCGUCUGUUAAAAUGUUCAAUGUAUUUUAAAUGUUUUCGUUUUUUGCGAAUCCUUAGAAAACUAAUAAGUAUUUUUGAAAAAUUUAAACGCACAAAGAAAGAUUACUUACCAAGGACCGAAAGUCCCUGAAAACUUCUAUAAUGUUUAUUUUAAUACGUUACAGGGGUGAAAAAAAGAAAAAAUUUAGUGACUUUUAAUUCCAAAUAUCUCGUUCAAAAGAAACGUUUUGGUUUUUCUAAAUAAUGCAGUCUUUCAUUCUGCGUUUAAAUUUUUCAAAAAGACGUAUUAUAGUUUCCUCAUGAUUCGAAAAAAAUGGAUCAAAUUCUGUUGAAAUAUACCAAAAAUCUACUAAAAAAUAUUGCCUACUAGAAUUUUUUAAAAAAUAUCAAAAAUCUACCAAAAAUGUAGAAAUCUACUAAAUGUGGCAACGCUCUUAAUGAGAAUAAUACACUUUUGACACUGGUCAUAUGACCUCUGUCACCCAAUAAGAGGGUGCGUUCUAAAAUGGUUUUGAUAGUCGGCGCUGCCGGGUUUGGUUGGCGAUUGGACUUCUAAGUUGUCUUAUCCGUCUAAGGUUGGUAAUUAGGUAUUUUUUUAGUAAUAUUGGUAAUAUUGUUUAAUGCGCCAUUUUGGUUUUACUUGAGAUUUUUGGGAUGUAAAGAAAAUGAAAACACAGAAUAUAAAAAAUGCAGGCAUUUUCUGAUAACUUUAAAAGCACCAUCAAUACAUUAAAUUUAUACAGAACAUCUUUAACAUAAAUUUUGACUUUUAUAUUAAAAUUUGAUUUUUUAAAUUUGCAUAUUUUUUGUCAAAAAUGUCAUAAAAAAAGCAGCGCGUGUGUUUUUUAAAGGUGAAAUAUCCAUAUUUGACGGUAAUCUGAGAUGCGUUUAUAAAUUUCACAUCUGGUAAUAAGUCCUUUAUGUAUUUAUAUCAUAUAAAUUUAAAUACCCAAUACGAUGUCAAAACAGUUUACUUUUUGGUUUUCGCAUUCACCAUACAGUUGUUAAAAAUAUAGGUAAAAAAACAUAACUAGUCUGACUCCUUGAGCAACCAUUGCACGCGCAGGUGCUUUUUAUAGUCGCUUCAGUUGUCUUAUGCAACGGUUACGAAACGAUGUUGCUUAAACAGGAGGUUGCCUAGGCAACGUCAAGACAACUCAAAAAUCGUCCACCAAAUCAGUGCAGAAUAGGGUCGUCUUUUAGGCAAUAACAACGUUGUAAGAAAACGUUGCCACGCGGUAGACAACGUUGUCGCCUCGACAAAUUGCUACUUGGGUUAUACCUAUUAAUGAGCCAAUUCUGUAAAAAUCAUGAACUCUCAUACAAUUUUGGUAGUACCUAGUGCAAUUAAAAGUGAAAUAAGAAAUAUAAUUUCAUACUUACGUUAUGAUAUUAUCCGUUAUGGUAUGUAGGUACUCCAUUCAAAUGUUACAUUUAGGGUUGCAUUUCUUAGAGGAGUCAAUAUUAUUAUUUUUUUAAUGUGUAUGGCGGUUCAGUAGAAACUUAAGUUCAAGUUUUUGGGGUCGCCACCCUUGUCCCCCGGCCGCCAUCUUGGAAAAAGGGGUGCAAAGGACGUUCGCGCUGUAUCUCCUAAACUAGCAACCCUACAGAAAAUUUAAUUAGAAAUAAAAUGUAGCAAAUUAAAUUUUCUACAAUUUUAUAUUUAUUACUUUUUAUCGUCAAGUGAUAUACAAAAAAGUUAUAAAAUAAACAAAAAUAAGAAAAAAAUUUGUAAGAAGUUUCCUUUUGGAGGUUAUAACUUUUUUCCGUUCAUUUCACAAUAAAAUAAUAUCAUUGCGAUUUUAUGGAGGAUUUCUCAACGAACAAUUUCCACUAUUUAUAAAGUUGUUUAAUUUUACUUAUUUAUCUGGGCUUUACAGCGCUCCAAACUUGACUAGAUUCUCGAAAUCUCAUAGGAAUACACAGACAAUUUCUAGACAAAAUAAUAUUUAAUAUUAUAUGUUGAAAUAGAUCUAUCAAAGGUUAUUAUUUUUUUAUGGUCAAGGCUUCAAGUUAAGAUCUGAAUCAGUAUCCGAGGUGAAUUUUUGUGGUAUAGUGAGAGUUAGAGAGUUAGUGUUAGCGUCAUUGUCGGUAAUUCAUCUUUUUCAUCAAUAAUUAAUGUUGAUAUGUCCACCCCACAUAACAAUUUCAUGUUCUUAGUAGAUUCAUAGAACAUACUUUUCAGAAAAAGUAUAUACUAAGAAUAUGCGUAAUUACCAUUGCGAAUGUGCAGAGCACAUACUGAGUAUAUACUACAUUACAGUACUUAAACGUUCUAUGUAUAUACUUAGAAUGUACUACCGCACUUCUUCUCAGUAUAUACCAAGAAUAUACUUUUUAGGAUAUUCUAAGAAGGUGCUAUAAACCUUCUAUUUAUAUACUUAGAAUGUACUACCUCACAUCUUUUAGUAUAUAGGAAGAAUGUACUUUUUAGUAUAUGGGAAGAAUAUUACAAGGAAGUGCUAUAUUGCUCAGAAGCAUGUUUUCAGCAUCACCGAAUCUCAUCCUAGGUUCUACUUUCUACUAAAUUUACAUAUUACAUAUGAGAAUGUAGUUAGUACAUUCUACAAUAUUACUUAAAAAGUAAAUAUAAAAUAUUAUAUAAAUUUUAGUUAGUUAUAUCAAUAUUAUAUAGGUAAGUAGGUAUAUAUAUUUAGUUAUUAUGUGCAUAUAAAAAUAAAAAUGCUGAAUAUAUAAAUUUAUAUAUUCAUAUUCAUAUACCUAUCGUACCCAAAUAAAUAUUAUGUAACAUAUGUAUGUAAAUAACUAAAAUUUAUAUGUUGCUUAUAUGUACCUAUAUACAUACUUACUAUUUAAGUAAUAUUGAAGUACCAAAAUGAAUUUUUUAUUUGUAAGUUGACAGCAAACAAAAUAAAACGUUUAAUUAUGCAUGUUCCUAUUCCUGGUUGAAAUACUUGGUCUUCCUCACAACACAGCAUAGACAUUGUUAGUGUUAAGUGUAGACACAAAUGCCAAAUGCCUAUUCAGUAACUAUUUUCAUAUUUUGUAUUUUUCCUUUGUUCCCAACCCCCUACCCGCUAACCCCUAUGCAGGUAUGCAGCGGUCGUUUCCGCUUUGUUUGUGCCGGUUGUGGGUUUUGGCUCAGCCACACAGCUUACCUGAAUGUCAAUUCCAUGUAAAAAUAAAAUUCUUCAUAAGAAUACUCAAUAAACUUAAUCAAAAUAGUAAAUGCAUUUCAGUUAUGAAAGCGAAACGACAAUUUCUCCUUUUUCGUUAAUACAAUUAAUUCUUAAACAUUUUUACCAUACAAUUAAAACAAUUUUAAAUAAUGAAUUCGGUAGUUUAAUUAAUAGUACCUACAUACAUAAAUUUUUAAAUUUCAUUAAUUAUUCUUAACGAAGUUGAUAAUCUAUAGGCUAACAUUAUUCUUCCUAUACAUACAUAUAUAUUAUUUUUAAGAUAUUUUAAAAGUAUCUACUUAUAAGUAUGUGUUAAGUAUGUACUUAUAAGUAUGUGCUAAGAAUAUUCGGUAAAAGUAUAUUCUGAGAAUAGUAUCUACUUAUAAGUAUGUGUUAAGAAUGUACUUAUAAGUAUGUGCUAAGAAUAUUCGGUAAAGGUACAUUCUAAGAAUAAACUUUUACGAAUAUUCCGAGUUACUACGUACACGAAUGUACUCAGUAUAUUCGGUACGAGAAUAUACUUUAAAGUAUGUGCAAAGAACAUGAAAUUUAGAAUGUUUUUUAAGGUACAUGCUAUGCUUGUACUACGCAUAUACUAAAAAGAAUAUACUCUGACGAAUGUUGGUAGUAUAUGCUUAGAACAUGAUACGAACAUCAUUGUUAUGUGGGACGAUGUUGCUGCAACUUUCACCACCACAAUGGAAACACACUGCUGAACAUUUGCAUUUGAGAUCUGCUUUUCAUCAACCACAUGCACUUCCAGUUUCCAUUGCAUCUGCAAAAGGUGAAUUUAAUAAGCUCGGGGGUACUGGAGGCUUAGAAGUUUGGAUUAGUAUCCAAAAUUUCCCAUGCUUUUUCCAGUCCCAAUCUUCUGGAUCACAAUGUUUACCGAGCCAUGACUGAAUCUGGUGAUACACUCGGAGUCUUUGGAAACGGACUGCAUCUUGUGUUGGAGGAAGUGCGAAGAGAUUAAAUGCAUUGUUUUCACUGUUUUAGCGAAUUGUUUUUAUCUCCGGGUUUUUAGAGAUUCGUCUUUAUUUCCGCCAUAUAAAGAGGCGAUAAACGUUCGUCGACCCCAAAACUUGAACUUAAGCUUCUACUGAUACCCCCUACACAUUAAAAAAAAAUAAAAUUGACUGCUCUAAUAAAUGCAACGUAUGCCCUAAAAAAUGUAACAUAUCAAUGGACUAAUGGUAAAAGUUGAACAAAUACUUCCUAGAACUGCAGAAGAAUCUUUCUUACUUACUCCACAAACCAAUUCAAAAAGUACUACGUUAAGAGUGUAUGAAGAGUAUUUCAUAUAAAUUUCCAACAAAAAAUCUAGUCAUUUUACCCAAUUAGGUAAAUACAUUUUUGUCAUUUUUGGCAUUUCUCUGAUUUUGGAUUGUCGUUUCGUUUCGAUAGGGCUUUUCAUCGAUUGUCAUUUGUUUCGAGCUUCUGUCAUAUGUUGUAUAAUAUGUGUAUAAUAUUAAUAUACACGGAUUAUAUGACACAUGACAGAAGCUCGACACAAAUGACUGAGAAUGAAAAGCCCUAUUCUCACUGCCUUAAAUGAAACACAGCUCAUAAUAUUUUUUAUAGGAAGUUAUUGCCAUACCACAAAGUACAGGCUUCGUCUGCAGAUAUUUUUUAUGGUAAUAGUUUUAACAAUUACUCUUAUAUCAUGGUAUAGGUUGUCUGGCUCUAAACAGUGUCGUGUUUAUUCUUAAGUAUAUAAAGAAUGUUUCAUUUAAGUAAUUUUUAAACUUUGCUGUGAUAUUGUAUUACCAUUUUCUUGUUCAUAUAGCAUCAUGAUUGCGCUUGGGAUAUGAUGUUUAGAACUAUCCUCUUUUAUUAGGCAAAAAAUGCCUAAUAAACAUUAGGCAACUCAACAUUUAUCUUCUUUAUGACGUCACUGAUAAUUGGACCGCAUUAUGUAAUAACGGAUUAACCGCCAAAAGUCCAAAAUCGAGAUAUUAGUGCCAUCUUGCAGCUAGGGUGCAAAUCUCUGUAUAAAAAUAUGAUUUUUGUAAAAAAAUUCAAAAAAAAGCUGUUUUUAAAUGCCUGUAUUAAGCGACAUUUUUUAUUUUAUUAAAAAAAAUCUCGCACUAGGAUUUGUAAUAUCGAACUAAACGCCAAUAAUGGUACAUAAUCCAUUGUCAUAAACAAAUAUCCGCAUCUUUGUAAGUGUAAUAUUUUAAUUAAUUCUUUAAUUCUUAUUAACUUAAUUCUUUAUUACAAAACAUAACAUAUUUACUAACGUUUAAGAUAUCGAAUUAAAAGACAUCCUUUGUCAGGUAACAUCAGAUUAAGCGCCAAAUAUGUCUCUUAAUCCGGUAUUCGGAUCUUAACUCAUGCAUAUCUUAAAAAAUCAUUAACGAAUUAAGCGACAUUUGAUCGAAUAACUUUUAAAAUAUAAAUUAUUUUUAAAAAAUUUUAAACACAUGUAAAAGUCUAUUUACAUUUGCCUUAAUGUAUUAAAUAUGAAACAUGUCAGUACUAUAUUUUAGAAAUAGUACCAAAAACAAAUUUAAAAUCUUUAAACCGAUUUAUCUCAAAACUACAUUUUGGCGCUUAAUCCGCUAUUACAUAACGCGGUCCAGUUGACGUUAGCGCUACCAGUAGUAGAAUCAUCACGAAUCACGAAACGUAAACAUAAAUAUUUCACCAUUGGGAUCAUGAUGAUGGUUCAUUUCUUAUUGUUAUUAUGAAUAGAGUACCUUAAGUUAACAAUUUCUUAUAUUAAGUUAAAAAAAUAUAUUAUAUAUUUAUUCUGCAUGUAUCUAGGUAUGCCUAGAAACCCAAGUCUUAGUAAUUAAAUGUAAAAAAUAAGUCAUUUUAAUAAUUGUUUUGUACUAUAUUAUAAGUUAUAUUAGGCAAUGGUUUGUAACAUAUUUAUUUUUAAAGACAAUAAUAAUUAUGUGUAGGUAUAAGUAAUGGAUUUUGGGAAGAGCUAUGACCUCGAAAACAUCACAAAGAAUAUAACUAAAUAUCUCUUUUCUUACUCAGACUCUUUCAAGUCUUUUGCAAUAUUUCAGAAUCUAAAAUAUUUACUAAUAUUACUAAAGUAUUGGAUUUUGACAAAAACUAUGAAUUAUGCCGAUUUAGUUGAUACCUACACAAGUUUAUGUGAAAUUUUCAAAGUCAUAGCUCGUCCCAAAAUCCAUUAGGUACCUAUACAAUUGUUUGUAUUGGUAACAGUCAAUCUAUGAAAUUUUAUAGGUGUGUAAAUACAAAAAUAAAUAUUUAAACAUAUAAAAUAAAAUAUAUUUAAAGACAAGUAAAUAAUUGGUGGUAUUGAUAUUUAUUCCGUGUUAUAUUCCCAAUUUAUUUUCUUAAUUAUGGUGUUAUUACUAGUAAUUUUGAAAUGGUCCAGCAAUGCAAUUAUUGUGAUGUUAUAUAAUAAAUAUAAGUAUAAUGAUUAAAA